AUGAUUAAGUAUGAUCAUGAAAAUCUUAAGGCAAGACGUGGUAAGCAAAAGAAGUGGAACUAUUCCGUAUCCGUAUCUCACAUUGCUACUAAAAUAAUUAGCAUAACUAAUAAACUUUGA